GUCAGACUCAUCAUGUCGCGCUUGCUGAGACCUCAAUAGUGAAAGCUACGGCAUGCGUAAGAUUCCUCAUCUUACACAGUCACGAUUUGGAGCCUAUAUCUAAAGCGGGAAGAACUUGACUCAGAGCAGAUGGCAUCGCUGGGAGUCGAGUCACCCGGCACUGGCCGGUCGGAGCCGGUUUCAUCUGAGGAGACUAUCGACUCCGCCAUCGUCCCGCCGUUCAUGCAGUUGUGGAGAUUAGACUUGGACAUUGACUGGAUCAUCGACCGAUUACUUGAUGUGCGGGGAAACCGCCCGGGAAAGGCGGUAGCGUUGCAGGAGGUCGAAAUCCACCAUCUGUGCAUCAAGGCACGCGAAAUCAUGCUCAGUCAGCCGACCCUGCUCGAGCUAGAGGCGCCAAUCAAAGUCUGCGGCGACGUCCACGGGCAGUACCACGACUUGCUGCGGAUAUUCGAGUACGGGGGAUACCCGCCCGAUGCGAAUUACCUGUUCCUAGGCGACUAUGUGGACCGCGGUAAACACUCGCUCGAGACGAUAUGUCUGCUGCUGGCGUACAAGAUCAAGUAUCCCGAAAACUUCUUCCUGCUGAGAGGAAACCACGAAAGCGCCGCAGUGAAUCGCAUAUACGGCUUCUAUGAUGAAUGUAAAAGACGUUACAGUACAAAACUCUGGCAGACAUUCGGGGAUUGCUUCAACUGUUUUCCAAUCGCAGCUGUCAUCGGCAACCGGAUAUUUUCGAUGCACGGCGGGUUGAGCCCGCUUCUCAGAUCGAUGGAUCAGAUCCGCCGCAUUGCGCGGCCAGUCGAAGUCCCGGCCAGCGGAUUGCUCAGUGAUCUCUUAUGGAGCGACCCAACACACGACCACAGAGGAUGGUCGUCCAACGACCGUGGAGCGGGGAAAGCGUUUGGACCCGAUGUCGUGACGCGGUUCCUAAAGGAGCACGAUUUGGACUUAAUCUGCCGCGCUCAUCAGGUUGUGGAGGACGGAUUCGAGUUCUUCGCCAACCGGCGUCUGGUGACCGUCUUCUCGGCUCCAAACUAUUGCGGCAAAUUCGAUAACGCGGGGGCACUGAUGUCUGUUGACCAGGACUUGCUCUGUCCGGCCCACUUCCGCUGCGCGGUCUCACGAAUUCCGAUUACGAACAUCAUCACCAUGCUUUUCACGCUCACACUCUUUCAAGUCUCCCUGCUCGUUUUCCCCGCUGCUGCGCAGCAGAUUCAAGAUGUGUGGCAAACGACUGCGAACAAAGCCUCCCUCUUUGCCGACGUCUCUCCCCACAAGCCCAUCGACUUUGUCAAGCCCGGUCUCGGUGCCCUGGCCGACAUCGUCGUCGCAGACUCGCAGACGUUCCAGACGAUCGAGGGAUUCGGUGGAUCACUCACCGACUCCUCCGCUCUGACCCUGAGUAACCUCAAGUCCAAGAACGCGACAGCCUACUGGGAGAUCGUCCACUACAUGUUCGACGCGACGGACGGUGCCAACGCGGCCGGGUUCAACUACAUCCGCGUGCCCAUCGGCGCGUCGGACUUCUCUGCCAAAGUCUACAGUCUCGAUGACCACAAAGGCGACACGACAUUUUCGAAGUUCAACAUCGACAACGCUCCUUCGCAUCUGUUCAGCACGAUCCAGGAUAUCAUGACCGUUAACCCCGCUCUGAAGGUGCACGUUGUGCCGUGGAGUCCGCCGGCCUGGAUGAAGAAGGGUGGAAAGAUGACGGGGGGCACUAUCCAGAGCCAAUACAUUCGCAUCUACCCGACGUAUCUGCUCAAAGCGGUUCAAGGCUUCGUGAGCAAGGGCAUCAACAUCCAUGCGAUCUCGGUGCAGAAUGAGCCCCAGAACAACAACCCGACCUAUCCUACAUGCACCAUGACGCCCGCAAUUGAAGGCCGCAUUGGGUCCGCCCUCCGCACUCUGUUAAACCAGAACGGUCUUUCCAGUGUCAAGCUUGUAGGAUAUGAGCACAACUGGAACGAUGCAGCUGCCUAUCCAUCUACUCUGAUCCAUGACGACAAUGACUCUUACGACGGUGUUGCUUUUCAUUGCUAUGCUGGCGACGUCAAGAACCAAGCAGAGUUCCACAAGGCUCACCCGAACAAGAACAUCUACUUCACGGAAUGCACUGGCACUGUCGGCUCGGACUUUGCCGGUGAUCUGACGUGGUAUAUGCAGAAUCUGUGGAUCGGCUCCCUCCAGAACAACGCUAGCGUCGGACUGAUGUUCAAUCUCGCUCUCGAUGGGCAAGGGCUCCCCACUCUGCCUGGCACAAACAGUUGUGACGGUGGCUGUCGGGCGAUGGUCACUGUCAACAGCGACGGGUCGUUUGAAUACAACCAGGACUUCUAUGCGAUGGCCCAGGCCUCUAAAGCCAUCGUUCCGAAGGACAAUGGGGGGCCUUCUGGAUUCCGGACCGGGGUGUCGGUGCAGGGGAAACAUGCUUCUGCACUGACUGUGGGUUCUUACACGACUAAACGGGUCUCGUCCUCAGACUUUAAUCGGCACUCUCUUGUCGUUCUCAACGCCCACAACUCGCCGUUGGCGUCGACAAUCGAUUUCCGAGGAAAGCAGGCGACAUACACGUUCCCUGCGGGUGUCACGACUCUCUGGUGGUUCGCACCGCCGGCUGACGAAACCAGUGGCGGCCAGACGAAUGCGGUCGCGCGAGGCGUGGCGAGGCACCGCAACUCCUUCCAGGUCAGGCGCCGGCGCCUUUGAUUUGAACCUGGGGAGUAGGGUGCGGCGAUUCGUUCAGCUGCUAUAGAUUAGCGUAGUUCUAUCUACAUUAAUGUACACACGACCAAUACACACGACCAAUGGAAAGCAUGCAGGCACAGAACAGUGAGCGUCGACCUCCCCGGCG